UAACUAAAGGUUUUCAAUUUCAAUAUUUAGUGCAUUGAGCUUAAUGAAUCAAGAGUUAUUGUGUGUUUAUCUGUGUGAGUUUCAACCUUUCACUGUUUGACACCUAAUAGUUUCAACAAAUCAUGAACAUUAGUCUGAAACUUAGUUCUUCAAUUGUUUCGAUUCUCUUUAUUUCUGUUUGUUUAGUGAAUUUGAGUAAAAGUGACCAGUCUUAUGUAGAUGACCAAAUAUCUUCAACCAAACCUUUCCAUGCUAACCAAGGUACUUUGCUUAAGAUUGGUUUCGCUGGAGCAUUUUGGGACUACAUCAAAACAAACCAACAUAAAUCAAUAAAUUUAUCGUCUCAAUGUGAACAUAAACUUAAUUUAUACAGUGAAUUGAUAGAUCAAGAUGACCAGGAAGCUUUAAAAAUAUUAACCUCAUCGAGUCACUUACCUUCAAAGUUUUUUGAAUCAUCAUACUCGGAUUUCGAAGGCUACAGUCAAUGCUUAACGAUUCAAGAAACUAAUUAUUGCUCAGCAUCAGUUUUACCAGUCAAUCAAACUCUUUAUCCACAUUGGUUUUCAUUGCGUUACAAUGCUACAAUUCACAUCGGUUUUUGUCUUCCGACCUCUUGCUCACAGGACGAUGUUGAUAACCUUAUAUCUUCAGUUAUGAAACCAAUUGGUUGGGAAAAGGUUUACUUCCAUGGCUGUCAAAGACCAUCAACAUUCACUCAAAGAUUGGCGAAGGCAAAUGCAUCUCAAAAGUGGUCAUUAGCUUUUCUUGUUGUGAUCAUUGGACUGGUUUUAAUAUCAUCAUUAGUACAUCAUUUUGGGUUAUAUUUUACAUUCAAUUGCUUCUGGUUGAAGUAUUUUGCUAUUCAAGAAACUCAUACAAAUCUGAUCAAUGGCCAUAAAAAAGGGAGAAUCUUCAUAAUUGAUCAAAUGCGUAUUUUGAUUUCUUUCAUAUUCUUGCUUAUUCAUUACUUUGGUUUGAUUCCCAUGUCAAAGUUAAUCUACAUGGCAGAAAGUUUGGAUACGAUUACUUACUAUGCAAGUGGAUGGGGCUUUCAACCAGUUAAUAGUGAUUGGAUUUACAGUGGCAUGAUUUAUGUCGGAGGAUCAGCCAUUGGGUUACAGCUAUGGGCAACAAUAAAACCAAAUACAUCAUUUUCAACUUACGUUAAAUUGUUAAUAAAACGAUUAGUUUUGUAUUGGCCAGUUUUGAUGGUUGCAGUGGCGAUGAAAAUUGUUUUACCAUUAUUCGGUUCUGGUCCUAUUUAUUCCCUGCAUACUGAAUGGCGAUCAAAUGUUUGUAGCAAUAACUUUUGGACUCUAUUGCUGCAUAUCAACAAUUACCAGAACGUUUAUGAUAUGUGUUUCUGCUAUUUUUGGUCAAUGGCGGUUGAAUUUCAUCUAUUCAUUUUGGCGCUAGGGAUUGUCUAUUUGUACAAAACAAGGCCAAAAAUAGGAGUGAUUGUUAAUAUUAUCACUGUUCUGAUUGGUUUGGUCUCAAUAUUUUGGAUUUUUUAUUCAAAUAACAUUGUUUACAGAUUAGCCGGUUACUCUAAUGAACAUUUCUCGCAAGUUGAGACCUUCUUAAUUCGCAGUUAUACUCGCACGGAAGCCCAUAUAUUUACCUAUUCAUUUAGCUUGUUAGUUACAUUUUAUCUGAUACAAAAUCCAAUGAUAGUCAUCUCCGAGAGAGCUGAGCGACUCAUAACAAUCAUUCUGACCACACUAGUCAUUUUACAAUCAUAUUCACCAGGAAUUUGGAAUGUUUGGAGACUUGAAGGUAAUCGUGUCUGGUACGCAAUCCACGCUUUAACCUGUAAAAUAAUAUGCACACUUGGAUUUGCUUGGAUUGCCUUUUCUGUGCGUACACAAGCUUAUACAGUGAUGGCAAAUAUACUAUACGAUGAUAAAAAGCUUGAUGCUAAUGAUAAUAGCAUUGAUGGACCAAAGGAAAAUGGUCAAUCCAAGAAUUUGAAUGACAGAACACCAUCGACCAAAUACAAGAUGUUUUAUGCAGCAUCAAGAGCAACCUUUUUCGUCCAUUACAUUCUUUUUCUUUGGUAUUUCUCUGGAAAAUCGAAGAUCGUUUUUGAUUAUAGUUUCCUCGCUGAUUCAAUAUGUUUGAUUAUCUUUGCAUACCUUGCUGGUUUAAUAUUUCACUAUUUUGUAAUAGGACCUUUUGAAAACAUUGUUGGAUCUUUCAAAUUGAAAAAAUUUGGUAAAUUUGAAUAAAAACGAUUUAUUUUGUAUUUCAAGAAGAAACCAUUUCCUACAAGAGUCAAACUUUUGCACACCGAAGUCCAGUUAAUCAAAUACAUCAACAUCUGUCAUGCCACUUCCAUCGUGAUGCGUUAUCAUUUUUUGCGCUGGAAGAUCUCUCGCUUCCCAUCGUGAUUUUGUAAAGAGAUUUAAAUUGUCAAACUAUUCGAUGAUAUUAAUUUUGUAAUAUUUAAGGCUAAUUAAAGUGUCAAAUAUUUAUUUUAAUAA